CAAAAUACGCGCUUUACUGCUACUGUCAUUUCUUUCCUUAUUAAAUUUUCGCUUCAGUUCGUUGUAAGCACUUUUCACGCGUAUCAUUAUUAUAAAAAUGGCAAAUGAUUACAGUGACUCUGACUCAGAUAAUACAGAUGAGAUUCCUAUAGAAAUUCUAAAAAAAGCUAAAAAAAUUUCGAUGGACUCUUUACCUGCAAAAUCAAAACGAGAGUAUAUUAAAGAAUACAACAGCUUCAAAGCUUGGCGUAAAACUAAACGCACGUCGUCGUUUGAUGAAGCAGUUUUUAUAGUGUAUUUCAACGAGUUAUCAGUAAAACUCAGUUCAGCAACGUUGUGGUCAAAAUAUUCGAAAUUGCGGUCCACAGUAAAUAAAUUCGGUGGAAUUGAUAUCGGAAAUUAUAAAAAGCUGAUUAGGAUUUUAAAAACGUUACACGCAAACUAUGUACCAAAGAAGUCAAACAUUUUUACGGCGGAAGAUGUCUCAAAAUUUUUCAAGGAAGCUCCAGACAAUCAGUAUUUGGACGUAAAGGUCGUACUUGCAGUUGGAAUUAUGGGAGCUUGUCGAACUUGUGAAUUGGUGUCAUUGAAAUACAGUGCCGUUGAAGAUCAUAAUACUAUGGUUUUAAUGAAGAUUCCUGGUAUGGAAACAGCAGUAGAACGCUGUUUUACAAUUUAAAUUUUACAAUUUACGGUCGACUACACGAAUACUGCAAAAAGUACAUAAAUCUCCGACCGGCCAACUCUAAUGUAGAUCGAUUUAUUCUGAAUUUUCAAAUGGGCAAAUACACCAAACAGCCAAUAGGCAAGCAUAAGAUAUCGAAAAUGCCAAAACUCAUCGCAGACUUUUUACAAUUGCCGGAUAUCGAAAAGUAUACAGGGCACGCAUUCCGUAGAAUGUCUGCAACACUUCUCGUAGAUGGUGGAGGCGACAUCCUAGAUCUCAAACGUCAUGGUGGAUGGAAGUCUGACAAAGUUGCAAAGGGGCAUGUUGCAGAUUCAGAACGGAAUAAAAAGAAAAUAGCUGACUCAAUCACAAGUAAUCUUGACUUCGAAUCCUCAACUUCCAAGGCUACGAUUACUUCUGUUGCGACUGCAAAACGAGCCUCUGUUGAUAUCAUGCUUCCUCGCAAAAAAAAAACGCAUCUCUAUCUCUAUUGAAGAAAGCGACUCGUCUUCAUUGAAUAUUACAAACAGUUAAAACAGUUCUGUAAAUUCUCAAACAAUAGAGGGACAUGUAUUUUCAAAUGAUUUAAUUGUGCCACAACAUUUUUUUGACGAUGAUAUGUCUUCCUUUAAAGAUGAAAACUCUGUCCACGCGAUAAACGUGAUAUCAAACCAUGAAUCAAAUUCCAACAAAAAUUCUUUUUUUCAAUUUAGUAAUUGCAAUGUAACAAUCAAUAUAGUUUGAACCAAAAAAGACAUUUAAAAUUAUACCUGUCUUUUCAAAUAACGCUUUCAUGUUCAACU